AUGUCAUGGAAAGGAAUGGAAAAUGUUUGCGGUUUUAAGGAAAUGAAAAACUACAAUCUUGUGAUAAGACAAUUAUUAUCAGAAUUUCUGGGUUCCCUUCUGUAUCUAUCACUAGUGCUAUCUGCGGGUAUAGGAAUCAAAAGUACCAAUGAUAACGAAGGCAGAAGGAUUGAACAUGGAACUGCCACUGUUCUGAUCGCCGUAGCUAAUGGACUGGUUGUGGCUAGCAUUAUCACAAUCUUCGGCCAUGUAUCUGGCGCUCAUAUAAACCCAGCCGUAACGUGCGGUGCAAUGAUUUGUAAGCAUAUCAAACCCGUAAAAGCUGUUUGCUAUGUUAUAGUGCAAAUUGUUGGAGGUGUAGCAGGUGCAGGGAUUGCGUAUCUUCUCUCUUCAGAAACUAUUCGCGGAGACCUUGGAGCAAUAAUUCCUUACAAGCACUUGAGAGAAUAUCAGAUAUUCGGUUUGGAGUUCCUGAUGACCUUUAUGCUAGUGGCCGUAGUCCUGAGCGUCAUCGACACAACCCGAGGAGCGAGGGGCCUAGGUUCUGCACCACUAGCCAUAGGUCUAUCUAUCACAGCUGGCAUCUGUAGUUGCAGUCCUUACACAGCAUCUAUGAAUCCUAUCAGAAGCCUGGGCCCCGCAGUUAUUAUGAAUCGUUGGGAUAGUCAUUGGGUGUACUGGGUAGGACCAAUGGCUGGUGGUUUGGUCGCGGGGUUAACCUAUAGGUGUUUGCUCCUGUAUCACCAACAAACGAUAGUGUUACAAUCAUCGCGUAUAGAUAUAAAUCGGAUGUUGGACAGGCACAGAAGUGAAUGA